AUGAAUGGAGGCCAAACAGGUGUGCUUUCUGCAAUAUUUUCCAACAUGUUAGUACUAAAUGUGCAAAAGCAAUUGAGGAAGAACAGAAAAUUACGAAAUCCCAGGAAGCAAAAAAAGCAGGAAAAUGAAAUGGAAGAAUCAAGAAUGGAAGAGGAUAUUGUGGAAGUCAAAGAUAGUGAUAAAAAAGAUAAAAAUGAGGAAAUUGCAAAUGAGGAAAGUAAGAAGGAUUCUGGGAAAAAGGAAAGCAGUGAAGCUAAGAAAGUAAAGGGAAUCAAUAUGCUGCUGCCAGACCAGCUAGAUGAUCAAGAACGUCCAACAAAGGCUGAGGUACUAAGGGAAUUGAAAAGAACAUCAAAUAUCGGUUUUCCUAUCCUAGCCAUGGGAUUGGUCUCCUAUCUCAAGAAUAUGAUAUCGGUCGCGUGCAUGGGUCGGUUAGGAAGCCUCGAGCUAGCCGGAGGUGCAUUAGCCAUCGGUUUCACUAACAUCACAGGCUACUCGGUUCUAUCCGGGCUAGCCAUAGGAAUGGAACCUCUUUGUAGCCAGGCUUUCGGUUCGGGAAACCUAAACCUAGUUUUACUCACGGUUAAGAGGACAGUUCUAAUGUUACUUUUAGUUUCGGUAUUUAUUGGUCUAGUUUGGUUUAGCCUCGAGCCUCUCUUGUUGUCUCUCAAUCAGAAUCCGGAUAUAACUAACAUUGCUAGCAUUUACUGCCGAAUCUCGAUCCCCGACCUAUUCGCGAAUAGCCUUCUUCACCCGGUUCGUCUUUACCUUCGGAGCAAAGGCACGACGUGGCCCUUGAUGUGGACCACUUCCAUUGCGGUAAUUAUCCAUGUCCCGCUUACCUAUUUCUUGGCCUUCAACUUAUCGUUCGGGGUUCGAGGAAUCGCGGUUUCAAACUAUAUUACAAACUUCGUCACAUUGUUCCUCCUUAUGUGUUAUCUCGUAUACAACCAGAGAAAAUUGGUUGAACCAUGUGAUCCAUUGCUUAAACAGUCGGUGGGAGAUCGGAGGCGAGAAUGGUUUAUGUUGAUUCGUCUUUCCGUGCAAAGCUGUUUGGCGGUUUGUUUAGAAUGGUGGUGGUACGAAUUGAUCAUGACUCUUGUGGCUGGUUAUCUCGAGAAACCACAUGUCGCACUUGGAACUUCAGCUAUCGUAAUUCAAACUACCUCGGUUAUGUACACGUUACCGUCUGCCAUCAGCGCUGCCGUCUCGAGUAGGGUUGGAAACGAACUAGGAACAGGCAGAGGAGGAAAGGCGCGGUUGGCGACGGAGGUGGCGAUAGGAUUGGCAUUAGCGACAUCGAGUUUGGGAUUAUUAUUAACGACGUUUGGAAGAGAAACAUGGGGAAGGUUAUUCACGGAAGAUAAUGAAGUUCUAGAUUUAACAAUAAGUGUACUACCCAUUAUUGGUUUAUGCGAGCUGGCAAACUGCCCGCAAACCACAUGUUGUGGGGUAAUGAGAGGUUGCGCAAGGCCCGGAAUUGGGGCAGCCAUAAACUUGUAUUCGUUUUAUUUGGUGGGCGCACCGGUGGCAGUUGUAUUAGCAUUUUACUUCGAUCUCGGAUUUCUUGGUCUCUCAUAUGGGCUUUUGGCUGCCCAAAUCGUUUGUGUUAUGUCUGCGUUGAGCUUUGUGUAUAGGAUAAACUGGGAUGGGGAAUCCAUGAAGGCAAAGUACUUGAUGGGUGGUGGUAAUAUGAAUGAAGAAGAAGAAGAUGAGAGACUUAUAACUGGUUUGGUUUAUUCUCUGGAUUAG